AUGAGCAACGUCGUCUCAGUCGUCAUCGCUGCCAUAUCCUUCGCCGGCACGUUGAUCACGGCCGGCGUGUCGGCGUGGCUGUUCAACCUUGUGGAUCAGAAUUUCGCCAUCUUCCUGUUCCAGCGCGGCGAUGACGGCGACAACGACCAUGUACGAGACAACGUCCUCUCCCGCACGGCCUUUCUGGUCGACCAGUUCUUCUCGUGGACCUUCAUUCUGCGUCGACAGGCCCAGUUUCUGCGCUUCUCCACCGACGAGGCGAACAAGGACUUGACCAGGGUGCUGAGCGGCAUCGCCCACGAGUUCGGCACCUACCAGUAUCUCGACGACGGCCCCCCGCUCAUGUUGUGGCAGGGCCAGCAGAUCGCCAUCGGUGAGGUCCUGACGGUCGACAAGGGCGGCGAGCUGAUGUGCCUGGGCUACGCAUCCUUUUAUCAGAAGUUCAAGGACUCGGCCGACACUCAUGUCGAUGCUGCUGCUGGUGGCGGUGGUGGGGGUGCGGCUGGAGGACAGAACCCGUACGGCGCCGUCAACUGGAAUGGCGACUUUCGGCACUGGUUCCGACCCAUCAUCCAAGCAGUCGAGCUGCUCGCAGAGGCCAGCAAGCAAGGAAACAGCCCUCCAGACCAGAGACUGAGGCGGCUGCAACGCCUUCCCAUAGACCUGAUUAACGUCCUGGACAAGAAAGGCCUGCGGUCUGAAGCGAAACGCACUGGCCGCUGUCACCGGGCCAAGGUCUGCAACUGCACGACAUGCGCCGGCAAUGAGAUAUGUCCCUGCAAUCAGCUCAAGUCGGGACAGUAG